AUGGAGUUCUCAAUCGAAGUGGGCGGCGAGGCCAAUCCGCUCACCGAGACCAACAUUGUACGAACGCUGCAAUCGGCCUCGUCUUCAGAUCCACAACAGAUUCAAACCGGAACCAAACAGCUGAGCCAGUGGGAAAAAUCGCCAAGCUACUAUGUGCACCUUCAAAGCGCAUACAUCGAUACGAGACUGCCUGAAGAAGUGCGAUUCUUAGCCAUCAUCGCGCUCAAAAAUGGAGUCGACAAGUAUUGGCGAAAGACGGCGACCAAUGCGGUGUCGAAAGAAGACAAGCAAGUUAUUCGAUCUCGAUUGGUGGGCAGUCUCUUGKGGGAGGUGAAAGACAAUCUGGCUCGACAAAAUGCCCUCUUCAUUGCCAAAAUCGCUAGAUACGAGUUUCCAAAUGACUGGCCGGGAGCGAUUUCAGAUUUCCUUGGUGUCCUGCAAACCUCAGACCCGCUGCAUGUCAAAAGAGCACUUCUUGCACUUUUGAACAUCGUCAAGGAACUCUCGACUGCCAGGCUACAACUCAGUCGCCGUCAGCUACAAGCCGCAGCUCCUGAGAUCAUUUCGGUCGUUGGUGGUCUAUACGCGCGCGCAGUGGAAAGGUGGCGCAACGGAGAACUGGAACAGAUGGAGUUGAGUAUCAUCGCUGUUGAACUGGCAGGGCGACUGCUUAUUGCCGGGUAUGAUCACCCGAACCGAGAUGCCACGGCAGCAUCGUUCUGGGGCCUCACGAUCGAUCACCUCGCUGCGUUCAUCCCACUACUAAACAGCAUCAACCCAGAAAUGCAAAACCACGAGAUGCUGUUCAGCCAAGUGGGAGGUCACAUUGUGCAGCUCGCCAAACUUCACAACGAAAUGUCCAAGACCCACCCCGCAGCUUUCGUAUUGCUGCCAAACUCGCUUGAGCUUUCGCUAUCUUACUGGAGUUUGAUCAAAGAGGUUGGGAAAGACUUCGGCUCUAAGGAAGCUGUCUCGUUUGACCAGCAAUCUCGUGGCGGCUUCCUUGCCGAUAAGAAGCAGCUUUCAGAGACGAUCGCUCUCAAAGGACUGCUCAUCAUCCGUGCGUGCGUCAAAAUGGUCCACAAUCCAGCGCUGAACUUCAAGACCAGAACUCCGGAAGACAAAGAGGAGAAGACGCAGGCCACCAAGAGCGUGCGAGAGAAUAUACUAACAGAGGCGUUCAUCCGCGAGGCUAUGAAUGUUCUCGUGACGCAAUUCUUCGUUUUCAAGGCCAGCGAUUUGCACGAAUGGCUUGAAGAACCUGAGGAGUGGGAGAAGCGCGAAGAAGGAGAGGGCGAAGACUGGGAGUUCUCCGUUCGCUCCUGCUCGGAGAAGCUCUUCCUCGACCUGGCCAUCAACUACAAGGAGAUUGUUGUCGAGCCACUGCUUAGUGUCUUCUACUCCGUGGCAAAAGUCGAAUAUGAAGACAUUAUGUUCAAGGAUUCGGUGUACACGGCGAUUGGGUUGGCUGCACCGGUCAUUCACGAACACGUUGACUUCGACGCCUUCAUACGGGAUGUUCUCGUGGGUGAUGUGCAAAAGGAAAAGCCUGGAUACUACAUCCUACGGCGAAGAGUGACCAUUCUGCUGGGCCAAUGGUGCACUGUGAAGAUUUCACAGGCUGCUCGGCCAAUUGUUUACCAGAUCUUCCAACAUCUUCUCAACCCGGACGACGCCCUCAACGAUGAGGUUGUCCGAAUUUCAGCUGGCAGACAGCUGGCCCAUGUCGCCAACGACUGGGACUUUGAAGCCGAGCAGUUUCUGCCGUACGCUGAAACGAUACUCACUCAUCUGAUGCAGCUCAUUCAGUCUGUUGAGUCAACAGAGACUAAACUGACAAUGCUCAACACUAUUAGUAUUAUGGUUGAGAGAUUGGACUCGCACAUUACACCUUUCGCCGAGCGUAUUGUCAACCUUCUGCCACCUCUGUGGGAGCAGUCUGGGGAGGAGCACAUGAUGAAGACGGCACUUCUCACAAUCCUUACAAGGCUGGUGAAUGCCAUGAAGGAGAAAUCGCUCCCGAUGCACUCGAUGGUAUAUCCAAUCAUCCAGGGUGCUGUUGAGGCGGAUUCCAAGACACAGCUGUAUCUGCUUGAGGAUGCUCUUGAGCUGUGGGGUGCGAUUCUGCAACAGACGCCUUCGGAAGCUGCAUCUUCUGGGCUGCUUGACCUCGUGCCUUUCUUGAAUCAGAUUUUUGAAUUCGCUUCAGAGAGCCUGCACAAGUCGUUGGAUAUCACCGAAUCAUACCUCAUACUCUCUCCGCAAUACAUGCUAUCAGCUGCUGUGAGAGGACCUUUAUUGGUGGCACUUUCAGAUCUGCUCGCAACUCUUGGACCAACCUCGAAUGGCACAGUUUGUAAUCUGGUGGAAACGAUGCUACGGAUUUCUACACAACCAGAAGUGGCGGUCAAUCUACCUCUUGGGGAAUUCAACAAUGCGACAGCCUCCCUCAUCAUCGACCUUGCAAGAACGAGGGAUUCAGCAGGCGAUGUCGGAUUCUUCCCAAAGCUCCUCCGUGGUCUUCGAGGGAGUUAUAUCGCUCACUGUACCACCGGCCCACUUGCAAAGGACCCUCCAGUGGAUGGGAUCGUCGAGACUGACUACUUUGCCAUUCUCGCGCGAGCAAUUACCGGCUCCCUGGACGGCUUCUUCCGUGCUGUGAGGGAGUCUUCAAACGGAGAGCAGCUGGAGGUGACGAUGGAGUGGCUUCUCGAGGAGUGGUUCUCCCAUUUUGAGACCAUUGGCAGCCCUUCUCGACGCAAGCUUAUGUGCAUAGCGUUAACGAAGUUGCUGGAGACGAAUCAGCCCUUUAUCCUCCUCAGCCUACAAUCACUCAUGUCCAUGUGGACAGAUGUGGUGAGCGAGUUGAGAGRGGACGAGGCAGAUACCAAAGGCGACUCGCUCGUAUAUGCUGAGGUGGCAGGUGAGACGUCCGAAGCGCCCGAGGAUACAAGACGCCGGGUCUUGACUUUGACGGAUGAGGUUCACACGAUCGACGUGACGGACUUUAUCAAGCAUCAUCUGCAGCAGGUUAUUGAGGCUUCCGGGGGCUGGGAGCAGUUUCAAGAGCAGUGGUUGGGGAAUGUGGAUAAGGAAGUCGUUGAGGGUUUCUCUAAGCUGGGGAUCAUGUAG